AAUACGAAAAUUUCGCUCCUUCAUUAAUUUAGCUUUCCUGCUUGCUGUUGCGUGCUCUCACAGUCGUUUUUCACAUGGUUAUGAUUGAUUCUUGAACCCUCACUCUCAUAAACCUCUUAAGAUGGCCUGCUGUGCUGAAGUGCAUUAAAGAGCUGAUUAAGUUUCAUGACACGUACGAGCACUGCCACUCAUAACAAAAACAACUGCGAUUGUUUUUACGUAAGAGUUACAUGCCUGCUCAUAGUAAGUAACGUUCAACUCUGCAAAUAUCAUAAAGCGAACUAUGGGUAUCUUUGAAAACUUAAUAUAUACUUGGGUAAUGUUCGUGGUCUUUGUUUUUGAAAUAAGCGAAAAGGUGAAUGGAAGAAACCAUGGAUUAGAUUUCGUGAAUGGGAGAUGGAAAUAUCCUGCAAUAGUUCCAGUCCUCAAGCAAGAAGUUGUCUCAAUUUAUGAUGAAAACUUCACUGACAUUCCGAAGGACAGGGAGCCAUAUUAUGUUAAAGUUCAACGAUGUGUCAUCGAAAAAGAUAAACUUCCUAAAUGUGUAGAUUGUUGGCCCCAACCUAUGACAUUUACAGAAGUCGAGAUUGUCGUUCCUGAUUUAAAAAACUACACAAAAUUCUACAAAUAUAUUGUAUAUAAUCACACUUCUUGUUACCUGGAAAAGAACAUGACAGCCGUGAACUUUAAUCUACACAAGAAUCUACCUUCAAACGAAAGUCAAAUGGACUUCUUGAAACAGAAUGCUUCAAAUGAUGAAAUGCGUUAUGGCAAACGACUCAUUCUCAAUUAUGCAGUUAUGUGCAAGGAAAUAGUCGAUAAGAACAUUCGGAUGACAAAACAAUAG